UCCGUCUUUCAACUUGAAACUUCCCGUUUCACAACGACGGAGCACACGGACUGAUCACGGUUCACCAUCCUUACCCGCGUUUUCCGUGAUUGUUCAGUUUAUAAACCCGACAAAAAUGGGAACCGUAUAAACCCCAAAAGGUGAGCUUUACAUUGAUGGGCAUCUUGCACUGAGGGUGUGUGCGGUUUGGACAUCCGUGUACUACUGAAUAGUUCCCCUUCCCUCAGAACAGAAGCAGAACCACUGUGCGGUCUGACAAGCCUCUCCUUUUCCGUGGGCAUUCGUCACGGAACCUUUUUUAGCGGAGUCGAGCCCAUUGCCGGCUCCCAGCCCAGAGUCAGACAUCAUCCCGAAUCGGUGUUCGGCUGCUCGGAAGGUCCCAGCACGGUCCCCGCACCGCAGCCAUGGGCAAAGUGAAGACCUUCGCGAUCCUCUACGACCGCCCCACCUACUCCUGCGGGGAGCUGGUCUCCGGACGGGUUGUGGUGGAGCUUACGGAGCAGAUCCGGGUGAAGGCUCUUAAAAUCCACGCCAAGGGCCAGGCGUUCGUUCACUGGGCAGAAAUGGACACUUCUUCCGAGACCAACGAGAUUCAGCAUUACAUUCAGCAGCUGCGAUACUUCAAGCACAAGCACAUGUUGAUUGGGACAGAGUCUUCUGCUGAAGUUACUAUGUUGACAUCCGGCAGGCAUGAAUAUCCAUUCAGUCUUGUGCUUCCACAGGCGCCACCAGUACCUUCUUCCUUCAAGGGUAGGCAUGGCUAUGUGAACUAUUGGAUGACAGCCAAACUGCACAGACCUUGGAAACUGAGAACAAAAGUAAAAGAACCAUUCACGGUACUUAACCAGAUCGAUGUUAGGGCUCCCGGACCACUACUGGAACCGCUAUCAGUAAUGGAUGAGAAAACUAUUUGUUGCUGCUGUUGUGCCUCAGGACCAGUCGUGCUAAAUGCCAAAAUUGAUCGGAAAGGAUACGUUCCAGGUGAAACAAUUCAAGUAUUUGCUGAAAUUGAGAAUCACUCGUCCCGCAAAGUCAAUCCAACGGCAGCCAUUUUUAAAACAAUCACCUACCAUGCAAAAUUCAAAAAAAAUACGUCCUCCGAGCUUGUUACCAAAAUCCAGGGAGAGGCAGUACUAGCCAGACAGAAAGACAGCCGGAUUACAAUGCUGUUGAAAAUUCCAGAAGUUCCUCCAACACUGAUGUACUGCACUAUUAUCCAGAUGGAGUAUUCCAUUCAGGUGUCAGUGCAGAUUCCAAGAGCAACGAAUUUAACCGUCAACUUGCCAAUAGUUAUUGGUACACUUCCAAAGCAUCCUUACGCUGAACCAGCGGGUGAUUUUAAUGUCCAUUAUGGGAUGGAUUACAGUGGGGUAAACCAAGCACUCCCUGUUGGACCUGAAGUACGUGCUGGGUUUAUAGUGAACAACAAGAAUACUGGCUUCUACUCAUGAAGGGAAUGAAAAGUCUUCAGAGGUAUCACGGAAUGAAGAUUAAAUGAAUCCUGCAGGGUCGGAUAUAUGAUGUCUAGUUGGCUCCUCUGUCCUUUGGUAUAGUACAAUUCCUCAGGAAAGUGUCUUCUACUUAAAAACACAAUAAGCUUGAAACAAAAAAAAUCAUUCAUUGUACUAUAUCGCAUUUGUAUUUUAUUAUCUUUAUGAAUGAUAUUAACAGACAAUAAAAUACUUGCACAUUAGCCAGUACACUUCAACAAUAGUGUUCUUCAAUAUGUUGGUGUAAUUUUCUAUUAACCUUCAGAGAAAGUUAUAAACGUUCUUAAUUUUUAAUGAGUUGAUACAUUACAAAUGUGUAUGUUUGUGUUGUCAUAAUAUCAUCAACUGAUGUCUUACAUUUAUGUACAUUCUGUACCCAUGAAUCUGCAAUGUAUAUAGCAGUAAUUAAACUGGAGCAGAUUUUUUAAGAUAGGUUGCAUUAUACAAGUUCUUUAAUACGACAUGUCCAAUUGAACCUCUAGACGCAGCUGAAUCUGCCGGCAUACUCCUCUGUUCUUAUUCUGUUUGUUCAACCUCUUCAAUGUACAGUUAUGUGCAAAAUUCUUCGGCACAUUCAAUGGACCAAAUGGCUUAAUUCUGCUUCCAUGUCUAAUGGUCUUGUGUGUUUGUAUGUGUAUAUAGCAAGGUUGCCUAAUACCUUUGGACAAUACUGUACUAAUUUCAUGUAUUGCACUGUACUGCCACAAAAAAAAUCAUGGCAUACAUGGCUGAUGAUAAACCUGAUGCUGAUCUGGGUCUCUACUGUGGACUGAGAGUGGGAUGGGGACAGGAAGAAGGGAAUCAUGGUUGGGAAAAUGAAGUAGCUACUUUGUCACAUAUGUCCUGGUCAUGUCCCUCAUUGAAAUCUUUUUGGAAAUCUUUAUUUUCUACAAUUUCUAAAGCUUUGAAAAUUAAUUUACAACCUAAUACAUUGACUGUUCUAUUUGGAAUAGUUCCACAUCACAUUCAGGGUAUUUCAUUUUCAAACCAACAUGUAAUUGCAUUCAUUACAUUGUUGGCAAGAAGAGCUAUUUUAUUAAAGUGGAAAGAUAUCUCUGCUCCUACACUAACUCAAUGGUUUUCCCGAGUAAUGUUAUGUCUUAGUUUGGAAAAAAUUAGUAGAACUUUUGAUCCCCGAUUUGAUUUUGACAGAAGGUGGGGCUCUUUUGCUAAAUAUUAUCAUUUAAUUUGAAUCAAUUUAUAUGGUUUCCUUCCAAUUUUACAUUAUAUAAAUGUGAUUUGGCGGUUGUUGUUUUCUUUUUCUUCUUUUAUAUACAUAAAUUA